AUGGGGUUGCACCAAUCCAUUCAUCCGCCAAGGGACAAAAGGUCUUCGUACGUAUUACCAUGGCUCAUAAACCAAGCCGGGUCCCUAGUGUAUCUGAUGACGAUUCAGCGAAUGCCUCUAUCUAUAGCUGUCCCAGCAGCGAAUAGUUUAGCAUUUGCCUUCACAGCCAUAACGGCAGCUGUAACAGGAUCUGAAGAACCCCUCGAUAUUGUUGCCGUCUUGGGUGUAAUAUUAAUAGUCGCUGGUACAUUCCUCUGUUGUAUGGACAUCGUUUAA